AUGUCGGACCAGCAACGGAGUGAACUCGUUUCGCUGAGCGCCAACUCUUUUUCACUGAAAGAUUUCGUGGGAAAGUUUCCACUUCCACAAACAGUCACCUUUCAAGAAGGAUAUUUUGACGAAUACCAGAGUAAAACUAUCGGUGCUGGCACUGAGUGUAAUUUGUUAUCUUUAGAAAGUGUCGAAACGGCAAUAUUUGAAGAUAAAGAUGGCGAAGACAUUCACAUCCCGCUUCAGGAUCCAUUUGGCGUGGAGCGCGUCGCAGAGGCUACAUUUGAACAAAAUCUCACCCUUGCAGACCUGAUCCUAGAGAGUUCCAUGGUAAAGUUUGUUCGUGUCGUCGAGACUGAUCCAAACUUCGAAAGUAUCAUCAGGCAAGGGGACAAGCUGAGGAUAGAGAGGAAAAAUUCUCGUGAGACCUUUCUGGCCUUCAAAAUUGUCAGUGAUAAGGGAAAACCUCUAAUUAAAGUCCCUGCUAGUUGUCAAGCAAAAUUUCUACCACUUUGGAACGGUGAGGAGUUGCCUCUUAGCAAGUUUGUGAAGAAGUACAAGCUUCCUGUCUAUGUGGUGAUGAAUUUUAUCGACUAUAGUACGGACAAGAAUUUAAAUAAGGGAGAAGGAAACCCCAGAGAGAGGCCAACAACAAGAAUAGUUAAGAGCCUACGUCAUCUGUCCAAUAGCGUUCUUAAAUUAAAGGGAAUUUUAGCAGAUUCUAUUGUGCUAGCUUCAAUGGAGGUGGAUGGUAUACCUUCAAAGUUUUCAUUUCCCAAAACUCUACCAAUUAAUGUUGCGCCUUUGAGAAUGGAAUCUAAAACUGGAGCACCAGGUAACAAACUAGAUUUCAUAUCGAGCGAAAGGAACGAAACUGGAAAUUACGACAGUGAAUUGAUCGCAGUAGAGGAGAACGAGUACGAAGAUAUGUCUGGCUUCAGAGAUCCACAAGGAUCGUCUCAAUCAAAAAUGAGAGUUGGAUUUGAAAAUAACAAUAAAUGUGGUGAUGAAGCGAGGAAAAUCACGCAGUUAGCGGGGCUGGGUGCACGCCACAAUACAUACUCCCCAGCGCCCUCCAAAAGAGUAAUUAGAAGCCAAAGCGAGAGGCUACCAAGAAAAGGAAACUGGACAUUUUCAAGAAUUGUUAGCAAUUUGGAACUACCAAGCGAAGACAACCUUUAUGACGAGUUAAAGUUUCGUACACUGCCUCAAAAAGUGAAAAAACACCCGCCGUCAUUGACAAGAAGAGCAAGUGACUGGAACAUUGAGCGAGUAUCGAAACAGAAUUUAAAUAACCUAUUACACUUGCAGGCUCAAAGCGGGGAAGAUCAUGGCUUUCAAGGUCACGUCGAAGUGGUUUCGUUACAGAUUCCGAAACUUUCGCCUACCUAUAAGACAUGCCCAAGGAUGAAAACAUUUGGAAGGAAAACAGAAAGCAAUGAAACUGAAAGUAGCCCUUAUGACGUCCAAGAAUUAAAUUUUGACAGCCAUGCUAGCAAGUCAUUGAACAUGAAUCAUUUGCCAGCGAGGUUAACUUCAACGACUUCGAAAGCGCCCUUUUAUGAAUCCGAGGAGAUGGAGUAUGAUGCUCCUUCAAACCUAAACCUUUCAAAUCGCUCAGAAGGAAAACGAGGAAGUGACGAUGCACUCCCAUCCCUUCCUUCUUCACAAAGAAGUUGUGGAGAUGGAUUUCAUCUCUCCUCUCGUGAUCCUCUUUUGAAAGAGAGAGAAGAUCCAAAAGGAAGACAUUACGUCCUUGACAGCAAGAUCCCAUUCGUAGGCACCAGUCUAAAGAAAAUUAUUCUACCAGAACCUCCUGAAAAGGAUGACUUUUACGAAAAUGUAAAGAUGCAAACGAAAUCAGUUGUCGGUCCCACAAGAGGGCGUGAAGCAGUAACGAACAAAAAGGAGGUUGGCGUCGAGGUGUCAAAAGUCAAUGCAAGUAAAAUUGAUUCCAAAACCGAGCCCUUGGAGAGAAGGGGCAAUUGCUCUAUUAGAAAAGAUGAACCAAAAUCAGCUACAGGUCCGACAGGUCUACUAGAACCAGAAAGUAUCGAAAAGGAGAAGGAAUCACCACCCAUUCCCCCACGGCUGAAGCACAUUGAAGAACCUCUGUACUCCUCAGUACUUAAGAAAGGAAAUCCAUCACAAGAUAAGAUCAGCGAUUUGCAUUCUGAUCCAUUACCCAGGGGAAGACCUCAACCUUCUCCUAGACGGCCUCGAGAUGGUAGCAACCUCUCUCCAACGGAUUCGAUGAAAGCUAAGAGCACUUCAGGCGUCCAUUCUGAUUCAGCAACACCUUCACUUGAAAAGAAACCAAAGACGGCUGUCAAUGAUGACCGAAACUCAGACUUUGUCAUUCCACAAGACCUAAGUGCUCUAAGUGUCGCUGAUGUGUUGAAGUGUCUAAACGCUUUGAAUAUGAAGAAAUUUGAGGAUAUUUUCAGUGAACGCCAAGUCGAUGGAAACAUCCUCGUCUGCUUGGAUGAAGAAGCCAUGGAGUCGAUUGGAAUAGAUCGCUUCCAUCGUUUGAAACUCCUCAAAUUCAUUGCAGGUUGGAGACCACAGCUACACUGA